AUGGCAACAACAACUCUAGCUCAUACAACAACAACGUUAGCUACAAUAGCAAGCACAACAGCAGCUGCAACGACGAACACUGCAGCUUCUAUAACAUCGACAACAACUCCUACUACAACGACCGAAGCUCCCACAGCCACUUCAACAGCAGCAGCUCUUACAACAACAAAUGAAGCUGCUUCCACAAGCACUACUGCAGCC